AUGUCUGGGAUCGCGGCGAAUUUGGAUUGCGACGACUGCAAAUUUCCCGUUCAUGUGGCCAACGGGACCGAGGUGCACGCGCACUCCACCAUGGAUGCGGACGACGAACUUCUGAGCUACAUCUGGACGGAGUACUUGCACCCCAAGGAGUACGAGUGGGUUUUGAUCGUGGCUUAUAUCGUCGUGUUCUUCGUCUCACUGAUCGGAAACUCUCUUGUUUGUUUUGCAGUGUGGAAGAAUCGUCACAUGCGCACGGUGACCAACUAUUUUAUAGUGAAUCUUUCUUUCGCCGAUGUGAUGGUCACCAUCAUCUGCCUGCCUGCGAGCCUCGUGGUCGACAUCACAGAGACGUGGUUCUUUGGGAACACACUUUGCAAAGUUGUCCCUUAUCUUCAGACCAUCUCCGUGUCUGUAUCAGUUCUAACGCUGAGCUGCAUUGCCCAGGAUCGUUGGUAUGCUAUCUGUCAUCCGCUAAUGUUCAAGAGCACAGCCAAGAGGGCUCGCAAGAGCAUCGUUGCCAUCUGGGUGGUGUCGUGCAUCAUCAUGAUCCCUCAGGCCGUUGUGAUGGAGUGCAGCAGCUUGCUACCUGAACUUACAAAUAAGACCAGCCUGUUCACAGUGUGUGACGAACACUGGGGAGCUGAGAUCUACCCAAAAGUGUACCACACCGGAUUCUUCAUCGUCACGUACAUCGCUCCGUUAUGCCUCAUGGUCCUGGCAUACAUUCAGAUAUGUCACAAGCUGUGGUGUCAACAGAUUCCUGGGAGCACAUCAGUGAUGCAGAGGAAGUGGAGGACUCUAAGGUGCUCGGCUCAGACCGCAGGACUGGGGGAACCUGUGAGGGUCAGGACCAGCACGGUUUGCGCUGAGAUCAAACAAGUCCGAGCCAGGCGUAAAACAGCUCGCAUGCUGAUGGUGGUGCUCUUCGUGUUUGCUCUGUGCUACUUACCAAUCAGCGUGCUCAACGUCAUGAAAAGAGUUUUCGGGACUUUCAAGAACACAAACGACCGGGAAACAGUGUACGCAUGGUUCACGUUCUCACACUGGCUCAUAUAUGCCAACAGUGCAGCAAAUCCCAUCAUCUAUAAUUUCCUUAGUGGAAAGUUCCGUGAUGAAUUCAAGUCGGCCUUUUCUUGCAGCUGUUGUGGUCAACGGCAAAAUCAACAAAAGAGGAUGAGGGCCAGAGCGAACACGGACAGCCGAAAGUCCCUGUCAACUCAAGUGAAUAACGUGGACAACCUGUCACGGUUAUCGGAUCAGAUCAUAUAG